CCAGUUUGAGCUGACCUGUUGACUCACAAAAACCAUCAAGGCCUUAGGCUGUCCUACUCCCAAUACUAGAACUGUUGGACCACAGUGCCAGGGGACCUGUCAUUCCAGGAAUCUGCCGUUCUCUUGGGGAAACAGCGGGAUAGUUGGGCUUUGCCCUGAUGCAACUCUGGCAUCUUGCAAGGCUCCUAGACCUAUAGUCUCUUGGACUAUAAAUUGCAUAGAAGGGGCUAAUCUGCAUUGCUAGAAGAAAUUCUUCAACCAGGAGAUCUCUACAUGGAUAAGAUCAAAGGUCUCCUGGCAAUAGUGGCUUCAUCCUUAAUUGGUGAAUUGGAGCAGUUCAUCUCUGAAGGCCCCGAGACUCUGGGAUUCCAACACCUGGCCUCUCCCAACAGACACCAUAUGCAGCUUUGAGAAUCAUCUGCUGAGCCCGGAAGGACAAAGAUUGAAGUGUUGACAGAAAGGAUGUUCAAAUAUCUCCGGAAAUAUUUUGCUAUACACCUUUUUGGACAUUCCCAACGGAGAGCAAGGCUAGUCUCCAAAGAUGGAAGGUGUAACAUAGAGUUCGGCAAUGUGGAGGCACAAUCAAGGUUGUUCUUCUUUGUGGAUAUCUGGACGACAGUGCUUGACCUCAAGUGGAGGUACAAAAUGACCAUUUUUAUCGCUGUCUUCUUAGGCAGCUGGUUCUUCUUUGGCCUCCUAUGGUACGCGGUAGCCUACAUACAUAAAGAUCUUCCAGAGUUUCAUCCGUCUAGCAACCAUACUCCAUGUGUGGAUAACAUUAACAGCUUGACCUCAGCUUUCCUAUUUUCUCUAGAAACACAAGUUACCAUCGGUUAUGGUUACCGGUGUGUGACAGAACAAUGUGGCACCGCCAUCUUCCUUCUUGUCUUCCAGUCCAUCCUUGGGGUUAUAAUCAACUCUUUCAUGUGUGGUGCCAUCUUAGCCAAGAUCUCUAGACCAAAGAAACGAGCCAAAACCAUCACCUUCAGUAAGAAUGCUGUCAUCAGCAAACGGGGUGGGAAACUUUGUCUCCUGAUCCGGGUGGCUAACCUUAGGAAAAGCCUCUUGAUUGGCAGUCACAUCUAUGGCAAGCUCUUGAGGACCAUAGUCACACCUGAGGGAGAGACCAUUAUUUUGGACCAGGUAGAUAUCAACUUUGUGAUUGAUGCAGGCAAUGAAAACUUGUUCUUUAUUUCUCCAUUGACCAUCUAUCAUGUUAUUGACCAUAACAGCCCCUUUUUCCACAUGGCACCUGAAAACAUUCUCCAGCAGGACUUUGAGCUGGUGGUGUUUCUAGAGGGAACAGUGGAGUCCACUAGUGCCACCUGUCAGGCCCGGACAUCCUAUGUCCCGGAGGAAGUGCUAUGGGGUUAUCGUUUUGCCCCCAUGGUGUCCAAGACCAAGGAAGGGAAGUAUAGAGUAGAUUUCCAUAACUUUGGCAAGACAGUGGCAGUGGAUACCCCACAUUGUGCCUUAUGCCUUUACAAUGAGAAAGAUGCCAAAGUCAGGUUGAAGAGAAGCUAUGACAAUCCCAACUUUGUCCUGGCAGAAGUCAGUGAAACAGAUGAUACCAAAAUGUAGCCAUUUAGCUUAACAAAGCAAAAAUACUAUGGUACAUGACAACUUAGAAACACAGAGAAUCAAUCAGAAUUUUCAGGGAUGCCUAAACAGGACAAGAACCUUCAAAGAAAGUUUAUGAGUACUAUUACUCUUUGCAUUCUGUGGUCCAACCUUAUAGAACACAGCACUACCAAUUUCAGGCAGUAGUAGUGUAUAGGAGUCUCUUUAAAGUAAUUAAGACAUCAAACAAUCUGACUGUAAGUUCCUUGAAGGCAAGAGCUGCUUCAUUUUUGCUCUGAGUUCCUAGGGGCUAGCUUAGUGCCUUCACUUUCUUAACUUUCAGGGCUUGUUGUUGGGUUGAACUGAUAUGAACAUGUGAAGUAAGCAAAUUCCAAUGCCACCCUCCCCACCCUUUGCAAUCUGGGAGUUCUUUUUAGCAAUAUUCAUGAUUGACAUAUGGAUGGGCUUCUGAAGGAGAUCUGUCCAAAUUUUUACUUUGUGUUAAGUCAGAGUCAUUGCAACAGAUAGUGUGUAACUGAUGGUGUCUACCUAAGUAAAGGAAGCUGGAGAAUUGAGAUAAUUAUCUA